CCGCCCCUCCCUCUCGGUACCGCUCUCCGUUCCGGCGCCCCGUCCCUCCCGCUCGGCCCCUCCCUCCGGUCCAGCCUGGCCCGGCCCGGCCCGCCCCUCCCUGCGCGGUGUUUGGGCCCGGCGCCUCUGUCCUCGCCCAGCCUGCUCCGGCCGCGCUCGGACUCGCCACCAUGGAUGCGCUGUCAGAAGCAAAUGGCACCUUUGCCUUGACCCUUCUGAAAAAGCUGGGUGAAGACAACUCGAAAAAUGUGUUUAUCUCACCCCUAAGCAUCUCCUCUGCCCUGGCCAUGGUCCUCGUGGGGGCCAGGGGCAACACCGCAGCCCAGAUGUGCCAGACUCUUUCUCUAAGUAAGAGCAGUGGGGGAGGUGAAGAUGUCCACCAGGGUUUCCAGAAGCUUCUCAGCGAAGUUAAUAGAACGGACACACAGUACUUGCUCAGAACCGCCAACAGGCUUUUUGGACAGAAGACUUAUGAUUUCCUCUCGUCUUUCAAAGAUGUGUGCCGCAUAUUCUACCAAGCAGAGAUGGAAGAGCUGGACUUUGUCAGCGCUACGGAGGACUCCAGGAAGCACAUAAACACCUGGGUAGCCGAAAAGACAGAAGGUAAAAUUAGAGACUUGCUUUCUGCAAAUUCAGUUAACCCUAUGACACGUCUGGUUCUCGCGAAUGCCAUCUACUUCAAAGGAAACUGGGACAAACAGUUUAACAAAGAGCACACUGAAGAAAGGCCAUUCAGAGUCAGCAAGAAUGUGGAGAAACCUGUGCAAAUGAUGUUCAAGAAGUCCACCUGUAAAAUAACCUACGUUGGAGAAAUAAGCACCCAGAUUCUGGUGCUUCCCUACGCAGGUCAAGAGCUGAACAUGGUCAUCCUGCUGCCCAGUGAAAGCACGGACUUGAACACGGUGGAAAAGGCCCUGACCUAUGAGAAAUUCAUCGCGUGGACGAAGCCGGAUGUGAUGGACGAGGAGGAGGUGGAGGUGUUUCUUCCCCGGUUCACGCUGGAGGAGAGUUAUGAUAUGGAAGAGGUCCUCCAAGACCUGGGCAUGACUGACGCCUUCCAGGAGGCCCGGGCUGACUUCAGCGGGAUGUCGUCCGGGCGAGGCCUGCACCUGUCCAGGGUCGUGCACAAGUCCUUCGUGGAGGUCACCGAGGAGGGCACGGAGGCCGCGGCUGCCACAGGGGCGGUGGUCAUGAUGCGCUGCUUGAUGGUCGUGCCCCGGUUCAAUGCCGACCACCCCUUCCUCUUCUUCAUCCAGCACAGCAAGACCGGGGCCAUCCUGUUCUGCGGCCGCUUCUGCUCGCCAUGACGAGGUGGUGGGGCCCCCAGUGCUCCUCACCGCUCUCCCCGAUCUCUGCGAAGAGCUGGAACCCAGAAGAACUUGGCAAAGGUUGACAAAUAAAGAGCUGAUUGAGACCGCC